AUUCAUGGCGUCCCUUCACUCCAUGCAUCGUCGAUUACCUCAGCAUGAGCGCAGACUACGCUUAUUCCGUACCGCUAGCUUGUUGACUAAGGAUUUUAACGCUUAUUUCGCCACAGCUGCCGUCAAAUAUCCUUCCGUCAAAUAGCCAUCAGAUUCAUGGCAGAUCCCGCUAGUCCUGUCCCAUAUGGUGAGAAUCUGAGAUUCCUAUAGGCUGAGAAUUUACCGUUUAUUUAUGGCUUACUUAUUCCCUUCGGGAAUGCGGUCUGGUCGAAGUAUCCGUCUUUCCCGUAGUAUGGUGGAGAGAAUCCGGGUAGUUGAGCCAGCUUGUCGUUAUUCGGAUUAUUUGCCGCUUACUUAGCUUCAUAUUAGACUGUUCUGACACAUCAGCAAGCUUCCUAGGCUGACACUUUGAUACUUCUUAGCUGAGAAACCUAGUCUCCCUGCUGUUGACAGUUCUUCACGGCUUCACCGCGCUUCACCGCUGACGGUUCUUCACGGCUCUAGUUCCCGCGAGUGCUUUCGCGGCAACGGCGCAACUCGCCGGACGGUUGAGCUUGAAAGAUCGAGCAGCAACGGUGUAAACCGCGCAUACAUGGACGGUCGAUCUUCGAGCACGGCGAACAGCACGCGAGUCAAACGGCGUCUCACCUGACGGCCAGACGACGAGUGAAGAGCACCGAGUGGCGAACGGGAGAGCGGCGAAUGGUGUAUGGCGAACGGCGAACGGCUUGUGAAGAGCUGCGAGCGACGAGCGGAAAGCCGUAAGCUUUGAACGGGAGAGCCGCGAACGGCUUGUGACGAGCUGCGAGCUGCGAGCGGCGAGCGGCGAGCGGCGAGCGGCGAGCGGCGAGCGGCGAGUGGCGAGCGGCGAGCUAUGAACUUUGACCAGCGAAGGAGCGGCGAUGGCGACGAGCCUUGCGCUGCGAUGGCGACGACCCGCGUGCGACGACGGUGACGACCCGCACGCGACGACUGCGACGACCCGCACGCGACGAUUGCGACUCGACGACCCGCAUGCGACGAUGGCAACGACCCGCACGCGACGAUUGCAACGCGACGACCGGCGCGCGACGAUGGCGAUGACCGUUGCGCGACGACGGCAACGACCCGCGCGCGACGAUGCCGACGAUGCGCAUGCGACGGUGCCGACGACCCGCACGAGAGUGCUGCUGGGAGUGCUGCUGUCUGGAGUGCUGCUGCUGGGAGUGCUGCUGUGGGGAGUUCUGCUGUUGGGGGUGCUGCUGGAGGGAGCACGUGCUGCAGCCACCAUUACGGCUAAGUCUUCUCAUCCUUUGCCUAUCUUCAACAAUUGCUUCCCAUUAAUGCUUGCUUAUUCCUUCCAUAAUUGCUGGCUUUGCUCGUCCUAAAAAUGGGGAUCAAAAGCUCGUUUUGGGUUGAUGGGCGCAUGGCGAUGGUAGCGCAUGGCACCGGGGCGGAAGGCGUCAUACUAGAGUUGAAGGGGCUUAGAAACGCAUUCAUCCUCAUGCCUGCGUCCCUCUCUUACCUAGUCCUCCUCGCAUGCUAGCUCCAUGCCCUGGUGCCGUGUGCUACCAUCGUCUAUUCUCUUUUAGUUGGGCCUUGCACAGUGUUUCACAAGAUGCAUUCUCGUUAUCGCUUUUGCUUCUCGCAAACAGAGUCAUUUUUUUUAAUAUUCCAAUUUUCAUGCACGUAUCUUUUGCUUGUUUUACCACGUACCUCUGACCAGCUGUGAGACCAGCUGUGAGACCAGCUGUGAGACCAGCUGUGAGCCCAGCUGUGAGACCAGCUGUGCGACCAGCAGUGAGACCAGCUAUGAGACCAGCUGUGAGACCAGCUGUGAGACCAGCAGUGAGACCAGCUGUGUAACCUGCUGUGUGACCAGCUAUGAGACCAGCAAUGAGACCAGCAAUGAGACCAGCUGUGAGACCAGCUGUGAGACCAGCUGUGGCACCAGCUGUGAGACCAGCUGUGAGACCAGUUGUGAGACCAGCUGUGAGACCAGCUGUGAGACCAGCAGUGAGACCAGCUGUGAGACUAGCUGUGAGACAAGCUGUGAGACCAGCUGUGAGACCAGCUGUGAGACCAGCUGUCCGACCAGCUGUGAGACCAGCUGUCAGACCAGCUGUGAGACCAGUUGUGAGACCAACAGUGAGACCAGCCGUGGGACGAGUCGUGAGACCAGUUGUGAGACCAGCUGUGAGACCAGCUGUGAGACCAGCUGUGAGACCAGCUGUGGCACCAGCUGUGAGACCAGCUGUGAGACCAGUUGUGAGACCAGCUGUGAGACCAGCUGUGAGACCAGCAGUGAGACCAGCUGUGAGACUAGCUGUGAGACAAGCUGUGAGACCAGCUGUGAGACCAGCUGUGAGACCAGCUGUCCGACCAGCUGUGAGACCAGCUGUCAGACCAGCUGUGAGACCAGUUGUGAGACCAACAGUGAGACCAGCCGUGGGACGAGUCGUGAGACCAGUUGUGAGACCAGCUGUGAGACCAGCUGUGAGACCAACUGUGAGACCAGCUGUGAGACCAGCAGCGAAACCAGCUGUGCGACCAGCUGUGAGACCAGCUGUGAGACCAGCUGGGAGACCAGCUGUGAGACCAGCUGUGAGACUAGCUGUGCGACCAGCUGUAAGACCAGCUGUGAGACCAAGUCUGAGAACAAAAGUGAGACCACCUGUGGGACCAGCUGUGAGACCAGCAAUGAGACUAGCUGUGAGACCAGCUGUGAGACCAGCUGUGAGACCAGUUGUGAGACCAACAGUGAGACCAGCUGUGAGACCAGCUGUGAGACCACGUGUGAGACCAGGGUGCAACCAGCUGUGAGACCAGCUACGAGACCAGCUGUGCGAACAGCUGUGCGACCAGCUGUGAAACUAGCUGCGAGACCAGCUGUGAGACCAGCUAUGAGACCAGUUGUGAGACCAGCUGUGAGACCAGCUGUGAGACCAGCUGUGAGACCAGCUGUGAGACCAGCCACGAGACCAGCUGUGCGACCAGCUGUGAGACCAGCUGUUAGACCAGCUGUGAGACCAGCUGUGAGACCAGCUGUGUGACCAGUUGUGAAACCAGCUGUGAGACCAUCUAUGGGACCAGUUGUGAGACCAGCUGUGAGACCAGUUGUGAGACCAGCAGUGAGACUAGCAGUGUGACCAGCUGUGCGACCAGUGAGACCGGUUGUGAGACCAGCAAUGAGACCAGCUAUGAUUCCAGCUGUGAGACCAGCUGUGUGACCAGGUGUGAGACAAGCAAUGAGACCAGCUGUGAAGCCAGCUAUGAGACCAGCUGUGAGACUAGCUGUGCGACCAGCUGUGAGACCAGCUGUGAGACCAGCAGCGAAACCAGCUGUGCGACCAGCUCUGAGACCAGCUGUGAGACCAGCUGGGAGACCAGCUGUGAGACCAGCUAUGAGACUAGCUGUGCGACCAGCUGUAAGACCAUCUGUGAGACCAAGUGUGAGAACAAAAGUGAGACCACCUGUGGGACCAGCUGUGAGACCAGCAAUGAGACUAGCUGUGAGACCAGCUGUGAGACCAGCUGUGAGACCAGUUGUCAGACCAACAGUGAGACCAGCUGUGAGACCAGCUGUGAGACCACGUGUGAGACCAGGGUGCAACCAGCUGUGAGACCAGCUACGAGACCAGCUGUGCGAACAGCUGUGCGACCAGCUGUGAAACUAGCUGCGAGACCAGCUGUGAGACCAGCUAUGAGACCAGUUGUGAGACCAGCUGUGAGACCAGCUGUGAGACCAGCUGUGAGACCAGCUGUGAGACCAGCCACGAGACCAGCUGUGCGACCAGCUGUGAGACCAGCUGUUAGACCAGCUGUGAGACCAGCUGUGAGACCAGCUGUGUGACCAGUUGUGAAACCAGCUGUGAGACCAUCUAUGGGACCAGUUGUGAGACCAGCUGUGAGACCAGUUGUGAGACCAGCAGUGAGACCAGCAGUGAGACCAGCUGUGCGACCAGUGAGACCGGUUGUGAGACCAGCAAUGAGACCAGCUAUGAUUCCAGCUGUGAGACCAGCUGUGUGACCAGGUGUGAGACAAGCAAUGAGACCAGCUGUGAAGCCAGCUAUGAGACCAGCUGUGAGACUAGCUGUGCGACCAGCUGUGAGACCAGCUGUGAGACCAAGUGUGAGACCAGUUGUGAGACCAACUGGGAGACCAGCAGUGAGACCAGGUGUGAGACCAGCUGUGCAACUAGCUAUGAGACCAGCUGUGAGACCAGCUGUCAGACCAGCUGUGAGAACAGCUGUGAGACCAGCUGUGAGACCGGCUGUGAGACAAGCAGUGAGACCAGCUGUGAGACCAGUUGUGAGACCAACUGUGAGACCAGCAGUGAGACCAGGUGUGAGACCAGCUGUGAGACCAGUUGUGAGACCAGCAGUGAGACCAGCAGUGAGACCAGCUGUGCGACCAGUGAGACCGGUUGUGAGACCAGCUAUGAUUCCAGCUGUGAGACCAGCUGUGUGACCAGGUGUGAGACAAGCAAUGAGACCAGCUGUGAAGCCAGCUAUGAGACCAGCUGUGAGACUAGCUGUGCGACCAGCUGUGAGACCAGCUGUGAGACCAAGUGUGAGACCAAAAGUUAGACCACCUGUGGGACAAGCUGUGAGACUAGCAAUGAGACUAGCUGUGAGACCAGCUGUGAGCCCAGCUGUGAGACCAGCUGUGAGACCAGUUGUGAGACCAACUGUGAGACCAGCAGUGAGACCAGGUGUGAGACCAGCUGUGCAACUAGCUAUGAGACCAGCUGUGAGAC